AUGGUACAGCCGGGACAGUUGCCGGGUGGGGAUCUCGGUUCGCGCGAGGAGCAGUCGAAUCUAUCAACAACACAACAUUUACCUAAACCAUCCGACGCAGUAGAGAUGGACAAUUUGUCACCAGAUGCAAAGGCCCCAGAAGCGGCCUCUGCCGCUGCUGACCCAGCGUCCGCGAAUAAUGCGAUGUCUUCGACACGCGACGCCGAAUCCUCGCAAACACCGCUCCACGAGAAUGCUGGCCCUCUCAACACCACCACCGAUUCAGGGAAUCCGGCACACCCCUCAGCGAAGGCUCUGGGCAAAGCUCCUGCAACCCAUGCAGACUCCCCAGACCAAGAUGCAAUUGGUCCCGCAGACUCGAGCCAAGAACCCUCGGUACCGGGCGAACUGACCGUGGAUAUUCUGAUAAUAAUACCCACCACCGGGAACCGCCAUCCCUUCAGAAUCAACGAGAAGUAUCUGACGAAGCGAAACGUCAAUGUCACUGGCGUUACAGAGGACGGAAAGAUGGACCCUUUCAGCAUUACAGUCUACACACUGAAAGAGCUGGUGCUACGGGAAUGGCGGAAGGAGUGGGAGACGCCACCACGGGAACCCACGUCGAUACGCCUCAUAAAAAUGGGCAAAAUGCUGGAUGACAAGGCGACUCUAUCCCAAUAUGAUUUCUCGCCGUCCGUCACGAGCAUCAUCCACAUGACGGUCAAACCGCAAGAAAUCGUAGACGAGGAGGAGGCUAACAAACGGCUUAAGGAACCGGGCUCGCAAUCUGGGCGUAGCGGAUGCUGUGUAAUCUUGUGA